UUUACUGAACAGUGUGUAAAACUGUACAAAUGUUAUCAAUUCUCAGAAAUUCAUGCUGAAGUGCAGCUGAAGAAUUAUGGAAAAUUUCUUGAGGAAUAUACAUCUCAGCUGAAGAGAAUUGAAGAUGCUUUGGAUGACUCUGUUGGAGAUGUUUGGGACUUCAGUCUUGAUCCCAUUGCAUUAAAGCUUUUGCCAUAUGAACAGUCCUCCCUGCUGGAGCUCAUAAAGACAGAAAACAAGGUUCUAAACAAAGUAAUAACUGUGUAUGCUGCCCUUUGCUGUGAAAUCAGGAAGUUAAAAUAUGAGGCAGAAACUAAAUUUUAUAAUGGCCUCUUGUUUUAUGGAGAAGGAGCCACAGAUUCCAGCAUGGUGGAGGGAGAUUGCCAAAUACAGAUGGGAAGAUUUGUUUCUUUCUUGCAGGAGCUGUCUUGCUUUGUUACCCGAUGUUAUGAAGUGGUGGUGAAUGUAGUGCAUCAGUUGGCUGUUCUCUAUACCAGCAACAAGAAUGCAUCUAAAAUUAUAGAGACAUCUGGAGUUCAUUUUCAGGCAAUGUAUGAGCAUCUGGGAGAGUUGCUCACAGUCUUAAUCACGCUUGAUGAAAUAAUUGACAAUCAUGCCACUCUGAAAGAUCACUGGACCAUGUAUAAGAGGCUGCUAAAAUCUGUCCAUCACAACCCUUCUAAGUUUGGGAUUCAAGAAGAUAAACUGAAGCCGUUUGAAAAGCUGCUGUUAAAACUGGAAUGCCAGUUACUUGAUGGAAUGAUAUUUCAGGCCUGUAUAGAGCAACAAUUUGAUUCUGUAAAUGGUGGAGUGUCAGUGUCGAAGAACAGCACGUUUGCUGAAGAAUUUGCUUAUACCCUUCGCACAACUUUUGCAAAUGUUGAGGCCAAACUUGGUGAACCUUCAGAAAUUGACCAGAGAGAUAAAUAUGUGGGCAUCUGUGGCCUCUUUGUACUGCAUUUUCAGAUUUUUCGGACCAUAGACAAGAAAUUUUACAAGUCAUUGUUGGAUGUUUGUAAAAAGGUACCAGCCAUCACAUUAACUGCUAACAUUAUUUGGUUUGCUGACAACUUUCUGAUUCAGAAGAUACCAGCUGCUGCCAAACUUCUGGAUAAGAAAAGUAUUCAUACAGUUAAAAUGCAAAGGGAGAACUUUCUACAGCAGAAGGCACAGUCACUUACCAAAGAUAUGCAGUCAUAUUAUGUUUUUGUGAGCUCGUGGAUGACAAAAAUGGAGUCUAUCUUGUCAAAGGAGCAACGUGUGGAUAAGUUUGCAGAAGAUCUUUCUAACCGCUGCAAUGUCUUCAUCCAGGGUUUUCUUUACGCAUACAGUCUUAGCACCAUCAUUAAAACUACAAUGAAUCUCUACAUGUCAAUGCAAAAACCUAUGACAAAAACAUCGGUGAAAGCUCUGUGCAGACUUGUAGAACUUCUGAAGGCAAUAGAACACAUGUUUUACCGAAGAAGUAUGGUUGUGGCAGAUUCUGUGACGCACAUUGCUCAGUAUCUGCAAUAUCAGGCUCUUCAUGCUAUUUCUGUAGCCAAG